UUUUGUGUGUUUCAGAUCUCGACCAUCGCAGAAAGUGAAGACUCUCAGGAAUCUGUCGAUAGUGUAACGGAUUCUCAGAAACGACGGGAGAUUCUGUCACGACGACCAUCAUACAGAAAAAUCCUGAAUGACUUGUCAUCCGAUGCUCCGGCUGUCCCUCGUAUCGAGGAGGAAAAGGCUGAGGAGGAUUCUUCUGCUGCCGCCACACCCACCAUCGCCACGGUUACCGUCCCCACAUCCAUCUACCAGACCAGCAGUGGCCAGUACAUUGCCAUCACACAGGGCGGGGCCAUUCAGCUAGCUAAUAAUGGUACAGACGGUGUCCAGGGUCUCCAGGCUCUGACUAUGACCAACGCAGCAGCAGCCGCCCAGCCUGGAGCCACCAUCCUCCAGUACGCCCAGACCAGUGACGGUCAGCAGAUCCUGGUUCCCAGUAAUCAGGUGGUGGUCCAAGCUGCUGCAGGUGACGUACAGGCCUACCAGAUCCGAGCUGCUCCCGCCAACACCAUCGCUUCUGGAGUGGUCAUGGCCUCGUCCCCUGCCCUCCCCACCCAAGGUGCCACUGAAGAGGUGACUCGAAAAAGAGAAGUCCGCCUCAUGAAGAACAGAGAGGCAGCUCGUGAAUGUCGCAGGAAGAAGAAGGAGUAUGUUAAGUGUCUGGAGAACCGAGUGGCCGUCUUGGAGAACCAAAACAAAACCCUUAUUGAAGAACUCAAAGCUCUUAAAGACCUUUACUGUCAUAAGUCAGAGUAACCACUUGAACACUGCACUGGCCCAAAUAGCAUUUCAAUUCUUUUCCAACCCUUUGACACUUUGAUUCUGCCUGCCUGUUCGCACACUGUUCCUGGAUCAGGACUCCCCCUUUAUACAGUAGACUUAAAAACUGGUUGCUGUCUUCCAGAUGUGAAUCCAGAUGCUGGCACUGUGAACGUUUACAGGGUAAAUGUUGAUCUCCAUUCACAUGUCACAUCUUUAGUCUGGUUGAAUCAUUGGCAACGUGUGGUUCCGUCUUCAGGCUUUUCAUGAAUCUAGGAAUUUUCCAGUCUGUGCCAUGGAUUUGGCAGUUAUGGCCACAGAUUAGCAUAAUGCGGUGCUCACCACCAUUAUUGUAAAGCUGCUGAAUUUGAGAUCAGUUACUUUGACGUGAGUCCAUCUUGACAUCUGUUUAUAUCUUAGCUUAGCUCAUCAGGUGUUGAUCUUCUUAAUGUCAAGUGUCAUGCCAAGAUGUAUAAAAAGUUAUUUUUCCUUAUUUUGUAUUCACUUUGAAAGCAUUAUUUCUUAUAUUUACUCAUUCUUUUAAGAAAAAGUACAUUUUUCUCAUUCCUCAUUCUUCUCUGUCUGGAGUGUAAAUCAGUUUGCCUCAUUCAGUAUACAGGAGCAGUUUGUCAUGUGUCUAGAUGCUGCCAUCUUGUGGCCAUACAUGAUAAUGCUGUGGUUUUUCAUAAGCUUCACCAGAAAAUACGUUUCAGGACCUCCAAACCUACUGUAUUUUCCAGAGUAUAUGUCUCACAUUUUUUCUGUAUUAUCAGCUCUUACUGUCUAAUUAUUAUUAUUAUCCAUCCAUC